GCUUGUUUUGGAUUAGUAUGCAGGAAAAUUAUACAUACUUGCGCGCUGUCCUCCAGCUCGCCCCGGCGGGGCCCCACCGCACCAACCGCCACCGGCCGUGCCGCCGCCGUGGCCCGUGGCCACCUCCAGGCUCCAGCAAGCUGCCUCCUCCCGUUCGUUGCGUCAUCCGUGGGCUACCUGCGUCGCGAGGAGACGGACAGGUGGGCCCCGCGCGCCACCCGCAGGCCGCAGACUCGAGCGCGUGGGCCCUACGUCGCAGCUGUUUGUUUGUUUGUUUGUUUUGUCUCCGUUGGUAGUGGCAGUCGACCUGACCUGGAGCGGUGUUCCAGCGCACACCAGAGAGCAGCCAGCAGCCAGCCAGGAAGAGGAGUUGAAAAUCUGCUACGGCUACAUGACGCACAGGAAGAGGAGUUGACAAUCUGCUACGGCUACAUGACGCAGUGAAGCCCGUCCCCGCUUGCACCGCUGGUCUUCUCCAGUGGCUGGAUACCUGUUCCCCUUUGCCUCGCUGAGUGCCCGGGUGUGGCCCGCUUGCCAGCCUCAGCACCCGCGGCGUUAACCCCCUCUGCCUACUCCACCUCUCUCUCUCUCUCUCAGGUCUCAGCUUUAAAAGCAUCCUCUCCGCCGCGGCGCAACGGCCACACCUUCCGUCUCCCGGCCUCCGCUCGCCUGUCCCUGUCUCUCUCUCUCCUCGCUGAGUCGCCGCCAGCCAUGAACAACCUCCUCACGGAUUCCUUUGAGCUCCCCCGGCGGGACUCCUCAAGAGAUGCAGACAUUGAAAUGGGAAUGCAUCAAGCUGAUGCUUCAGACAACUUAAAAGAUUUCUUGAAGAAGGUCGAUACAAUUGAGAGUUUAAUUGCAAAGCUGACAAAUCUAUUGAAUAAGCUACAGACUGCAAAUGAGGAAUCCAAAGCAGUUACAAAAGCAAGUUCCAUGAAAGCAAUUAAGCAGCGGAUGGAGAAAGAUAUUGAUGAAGUGGGGAAAAUUGCUCGUCAGGCGAAGACAAAAGUUGAUGAAUUGGAAAAAGACAACUUAUCAAAUAGGCAAAAACCUGGAUGUGGAAAAGGUUCUGCCGUGGACCGAUCAAGAGAGCAAACUACUGGAGCAGUGAAAAAGAAAUUGAAGGAGCGGAUGGAUGACUUUCAGACCUUGAGAGAAGCAAUCAGGCAAGAGUAUCGGGAGGUUGUUGAAAGAAGGGUUUUUACUGUAACUGGUAAUCGUCCUGAUGAAGAGACAAUUGAUGACUUGAUAGAGACCGGAAAAAGUGAGCAAAUAUUCAAAGAUGCUAUCCAACAUCAGGGAAGAGGCCAGAUACUAGACACUGUUGCUGAAAUACAGGAGCGACAUGAUGCUGUAAGGGAUCUAGAGAGGAAGCUUCUGGAGUUGCAACAGAUAUUCAUGGACAUGGCAGUUCUUGUUGAGGCGCAAGGAGACAUGAUCAACAACAUCGAGACCCAUCAAGCUUGAUGGAAUCAUCCCAUCCUCUGUUUCAAGGUCUCGAACGCCACCAACCACAUACAGCAAGGUGUGAGCGCGCUCCAGAACGCGAAGAAACUGCAGAGGAAUUCGAGGAAGUGGAUGUGCUACGCCAUCAUCAUACUGCUGGUGAUAGUCGUGGUCAUUGUCGUCGCAGUCAUCCAGCCAUGGAAGAAGGGCACCUAGCGUGGUGGUGCCUUUUUUCCUGUUUGUGUAAUAUGUGUGCAGUUUUUUUUGUGGGUGAUUCGUGAUUUGUUGUUGUACCUAUAGUCGACGCAACAGGAGCUCUGGCAUUUCGAUUCAUUCUGUCUAGUGAAAGGACACUGCCAUCAUAUGCCGAUAAAAAUAACGCUUCGUAUCCGUCGGUGAAAA